AUGCUUUCCCUCCGUACUCUCACCCGCUCAGCACCACGAGUUGCCCGCGGUCUCACCAGUACCGCCAUUAAAACCGCAACCCGACCCUCCCUCCUCCAAGCCGCUUUCCCCGCCUCAAGACUCCAAUGCGCAUCUGCAUUUUCCACUUCGAGCAUCAGAGCCAAGUCUGCUGCUCCAGAAAGCGAUGCCGAGUUGGUCGAGAAGCUCGCUAGCGAGAUCCAAAUGGAGGAGGAGAUGAAAGAGCAUGAGGAACUUCCUACAAGUGUGAAGGAUUAUAUGGAGAAUGGUCCUUUUGAGAUUCUUGACACACCUGGGCAGGAAGAGGUUGUUUUGACUAGAAGCUUUGGUGAUGAGAAAAUCCGCGUCUCCUUCUCCAUCGCCGACCUCAACGCCUACGACCCCGACUCCGACGAAUUCCAAGACCGCGCCAUGUCCGACGAAGACCCCAACAUCGACCCCGCCGACCCCUCCGAGCUGGACCCUGAAAACCCCUCCGACGCCGAAGGCGAGUCCCACGGCUUCCCCGCCCGCGUAAACAUCAUUGUCGAGAAGAAGGGCAAAGGUGCGCUCGCCAUUGAAACCGUCGCUGAGGAUGGCAUGAUCGUCAUCGAUAACGUAUACUACUAUGCCGAUGCCGCGCACGCCUAUGCGAAGACCACCGAGGCUGUCCACCAACGUCAAGAUAUGUAUGUCGGACCCCCUUACGGAAACUUGGACGAGGAUUUACAGGUGUUGAUGGAGAGAUAUUUGGAUGAGCGGGGAAUCAACCAGGCAUUGGCGAUUUUCGUGCCCGAUUACAUUGAUAUGAAGGAACAGAAGGAGUACUUGAGAUGGUUGAAGAAUGUCAAGGGAUUUGUUGAGGCUUAA